AUGCGCGACUCGCUCGAACUGGCCUCUCUGGCCUCGUCGUCGCACGCCUCUCAGCGCACCUCUGUCGAGUCGUCCAGUUCCGGUGCACGUUCUUCGCAGCGGUUGUCCUUCGACGAUGAAGACCCCCUCUCCGAACUCAAUCCGGCCGGCGACAACCGUCCGCGCCAUAACCGUUCCUAUAGCGUCUCCUCCGCCUUCGAUUUCGCGCCCAACCUCUUCCCGCUCUCUAGCACAGCGCAAGGCUACACGGCCCUUGGUGCGCCCUCCAACCCAGCGCUCGAUCCGUCCAAUGCGCUUAACGGCGGCUCAUUGGAGAAGAACAAGAGCUUGACGUAUCUCAACGGUCUAUCGCUCGUUAUCGGGCUUAUAAUAGGGAGCGGCAUCUUCUCUUCGCCGUCCCAAGUUAACAGGAAUGCGGGGAGCCCGGGCGCGUCGCUGCUCGUGUGGGUGGUAGCAGGAGUUCUGGCGUGGACAGGUGCGGCGAGCUAUGCGGAGCUUGGAGGCGCGAUACCCUUGAACGGCGGGGCGCAGGUCUAUCUUUCCCAUAUAUUUGGCGAGUGGGCAGGCUUUUUAUUCACGUGGUGUGCUGUGGUUGUGCUGAAGCCUGGUUCGGCGGCCAUCAUUGCUAUCAUCUUCGGUGAAUACAUCGUAAGAGCAAUCGUAGGAGCCGAGGCAGCUGAAGCUAGCACGUGGAUCGACAAGGGCAUUGCGCUCGCAGGAUUGGUUUUGGUCACCCUGUUGAAUUGUGUUUCGACAAAGCUGGGCACGAGGAGCGCGGAUGUGUUCAUGUUCUUGAAGUUCUUCGCCUUGAUUGGCGUCACGGUUAUAGGCAUUGUCGUUGCGGCGACAGGCUUCUCCUACAAUGGUCCUGCAAACGACGACUGGAAGAAGCAGGGAUGGUUCGAAGGAACCAGCACGGAUGUUAGCAACUGGGCCGUAGCCCUCUACGCCGGGUUGUGGGCAUUCGACGGCUGGGACAACGUCAACUACGUGACCGCCGAGUUCAAAAAUCCCACCCGCGACCUUCCCCGCGUAAUCCACACUUCUCUCCCACUCGUAAUCCUCUGCUACGUCCUCGCCAACAUUGCCUACUUCCUCGUUCUCCCUACCUCCCUCAUCGAGUCCUCCAACACCAUCGCCGUCGCCUUCGGCCACCAAGUCUUCGGCCCAAUCGGCUCUCUAAUCCUCGCUCUUCUCGUCAGCGGCAGCUGUUUCGGCGCGCUGAACGCUACAACUUUCACCUCUGGCCGCCUCGUUUAUGCCGCAGGCAAGGAAGGCUACUUUCCCGAAAUCUUCGGCACCAUUGGCCUCGGAAAAUCGCACCGCGCGAUUCGACUACAUAGUAUCAAUGCCGGGACCAGUAAGAGUAGGAUACCAAAGAAGAUGGUGGACUGGUUUGCGGAUGCAGAUGCGGGGUUCUUUUUUACGCCUAUUGCGGCUAUGACGCUUAACGCUUUGCUUACGGCUGUGUAUAUCUUCAUUGGCAGCUUCGACACGCUGGUCACGUUUUACGGCGUUGCGGGGUACUCUUUCUACUUCUUGACCGUCCUGGGUCUUAUCAUUUUGAGAGUGAAGGAACCAGACUUGGAAAGACCGUACAAGACGUGGAUCACCACGCCGAUCAUUUUCUGCUGUGUUAGCCUAUUUUUGUUGAGCAGGGCGGUGUUUGCGGAGCCCGUGCAGACGCUGCUUGUGGUGGCGUUUAUGGUUGCGGGAUUGGUCAUUUGGUUUGCGUGGGUGGGGAGGAAAAGGGGGAAAGAGAGGUCAAGGUUUAGGAAGGUGGGAGAGCAGGAUGAAAAGAUUGGGUGGAGGUUUUGGAAGAGGUGGAGGUCAUAG